CCCAUAUUUGGACGCGGCGUACAGUGAGCUCCAUAAGUCACUAAUCCAUCAUAAAUGCCUGAAAACGGCCGCGCUGUGACGACCAGACAAACUCACAAAUCAGCGGGCCCUCACUGCUCAGCUGCUCGCCUCCCCACCGCCUAAAUGAGCUCCUACUUCGUGAACUCGUUCUCGGGGUGCCCCCCCCACGGGUCCGACUAUCAGCUGCUGAGUUAUGGAGGCGGAGGCGGCGCGGGGAGCGGCGGCGGGCCGUUCAGGGACUCCGCCGCCGCCAACAUGCACCCAGCCGCCGGCUCGUACGGCUGCAGCUACUCCGGCAUGGACCUGAGCCUGGCCGGCCGUGGGGGGGAGCCCACCGGCGCCGGGGACUCCGGUGGACGUUUCGGCGGGGGCGCAGCGGCCGCGGACUCCCGGGGCUUCUGCUCCCUGGCCUCGGACCGGGGCUUCAGACCCCCGACCACCUGCCCCCUCCGCUCCCCGGGGCGGGAGAUCGGCCAGCCGGGCGCGCACGGCUCGUCUCCACGGUCAGAGCAACCAGGAAGCUUGUCCUCCCCCACCUCCUCCUCCUCCUCUUCUUCUUCUUCUUGUUCCUCUGGGGGGGUCAUCACCCCGGCGCCGCGCUUCACGGAGAUGGACGCUGCAGCAGAAUCCGCGGAGCUGCGGCGGCACCGCAACCCGCCCGUGGACGCGCAGAAGCAGGACGGGGAGGCUGCGGGACACGACGUGGGCAGCGCGGACGGAGACGCGCAGAGUCCCCAGAUAUUCCCGUGGAUGAGGAAGCUGCACAUCAACCACGAGCUCUCAGGCCCGGACGGGAAGCGCGCUCGGACGGCCUACACCCGCUACCAGACCCUGGAGCUGGAGAAGGAGUUCCACUUCAACCGCUACCUGACGCGGCGGCGGCGCAUCGAGAUCGCGCACGCGCUCUGCCUCACGGAGCGGCAGAUCAAGAUCUGGUUCCAGAACCGGAGGAUGAAGUGGAAGAAGGACAACAAGCUGAAGAGCAUGAACCUGCCCGUGGCUGGGGGCUCCUUCCAGCACUAGACUCUACCAGGGACAGACCCCCCCACACACACCUCAACUCGUGCUCUCGGGGAGGACACGACGACACAGACACAAAACCAAAUGAAGAAAACUUGAAGGAAACGACAGAAAGAUUUGUUUUUUUCCUUCCGCGGAUUCAAAAUCCCGUCGGAAAAUCUUCAUGUUUCCGGCUGUAGUUUUGUGCAGCAGCGCAGCACUUUGAUUUGUCUCGAGCAACGAAAAUUGUGACUUGGUACUUUCUCUUGUAAGAAAAAAAAAACAAAAACACACACACACACUCUCACACACACACACACACACACACACACACACACACACACACACACACACACACACACACACACACACACACACACACACACACACACGCACACAAAAGAGUUAUUCAUCGCAUCCAGCUGCUCAGGAGAGGAGUCCGGGAUGAAAAUGAAGAUAUGGAGUCAUCUCGAAGUGUGCUACUGUGGUCUCCCUGAGUGUUUUUAGUGUUUCCCUGCUCAACCACCUGUUGUCUGUUGUCUGGGUGUGUGUUCGUGUUGUCUGCUCUUCUGGGCUUGUUUUGGUGUUUUUAAGUGGCUACUUUUCACUCUCUCUGCAGCCAUCAUGCAACUCCGCUCUCAUUUUCACCAUGGAGUCAUGAAAAGUCCCUCUGUAUGUGCGAGUGCGUGUGUCUGCGUGCUCACUGAAGCCGCCAUGUCCGCUAGUGAUGUAAAUACGUGUUUCAGCGGGGACUUCAUUAUGGACCGCUGUCGGAUGUUCAUAUUCAACUUGCAUUUUUUUAUGUGACCAGCUGGCUGUUUUGCCGUUGUGACGCGAGCGUGGGUGCAUGCCCUCCGAUACUUUUUGUACUUAUAAUUUUGAACGGAAACAAAAUAUAAAAAAGAAGAAAAAGAAGAAGAAGAAGAAAUACAGCUUCUCUACUCAUCAGGACCGGACUGAAUGACGCUGAUGCCCGAAUCACCCCGAGGGGCGGAGGGGGGUGGGGGGUUCGCGCAUGACAUGUUUGAUGUGCUGUAGUGGCGCGCAGGAGCUGCUUCCUCCAUUCCAACAUCUUCAAACAAUUUAACCAAGAUUCUCACAACUUCUAUAAAUGGUCACGUGAGCGCUCCCAUCUCUGUAAAUUAUGUGCGAGUUCAGCUCCAGUUUUUUGUACAUUUGUCUGUUCUUCACGUCAACUGAGUGUUAAUAUCUUGCUAAAUAACAAUAAUAAUCAUGAUAAUCAUAUCAUUCUGA